UGAAAGAUGUGAAACCCUUCAAGAGUGGUUGGAAAGUGCAUGUGAAAGUGUUGCACACUUGGAAGCAAUACAACGCAGUGCAUGGUGACACCCUUGAGAUUGUGCUAUCCGAUGAUAAUGGAAAAAAAAAUCCAUGCCUCGUGCAAGAAGACUUACAUGGAGAGUAAAGGACGCCUUCUUCCAGUUGGAGCAUGGAGGUGGAUUCAGAAUUUCAGCCUCAGUCCUGCAAAUGGAUGCUAUCGAUCAACCGAUCAUUCCUACAAAAUGAGUUUCGUUCAGAAUAGAACAAUCACGAAAUCUCCUCUUGUGAAUGAAGACAUGUUCUUAAGUUUGGUGGACUUUCAGUCAGUUUUGAGUGGAUCACUCAACCCAAAUUUCCUCAUUGAUGUGAUUGGUCAGGUUAUGGAAUUGGGAGACCUUGAAACUAUCCAAGUCGUAGGGAAACCAAGAAGGAAAGUGGAGUUUACACUUCGCGACAUCAAUGACUCCAGUGUUCCCUGUUGUCUCUGGGGCAAAAUUUCUGAGGUCCUCUAUGAGGGUUGCAGCAAAGAAGAAGAGGGUAAACCCAUAUGUCUAAUCAGGUUUGCAAAGAUCGGGAGAUACAGAGGUGAACUCCAAAUCACCAAUGCAUUUGAGGCAUCACAGCUCUUGAUUAAUCCUUCAAUUCCAGAGACUGAUGCCUUCAAACAAAUCAUGUGUUAGGUUUGUUGAUGAGGAUAAACCCCUCGCCCUAUGGGAGUCUAAUGAUGAGAAACUUGAGUUGGAUGAUAUGAGAAGUAUCCAAGACAAGCGUGACAAAUGGUUACUCUUUCCCAAAAGAACCAUUCGUGAAAUACUUGAGUCAACUCAGGUUGAAAAGUGCUUGGUCAUCUGCACAGUCUAUGCAAUUGACUCAGACUGAGGUGGUAAAAGUGGGAACUUUGGUGAAAACUCUUCAUGGUAAAGAGAUCACUACCCAUAUCUGGUGGUGUGAGGUGUGCAAAGAGAAUGUCUCUAAUGUGUCUCCAAGGUUUAAACUGCAUUUGAUGGUUAAGGAUGAUACAGGAGAAACAAAAUUGAUGCUUCUUGAUCUCAUUGCCAAAGGAAUGAUCAUUGAAUCGGCAAUGAAACUGCUGAAUGGAACAUUCGAUGAGCUCGAGGAUCCUACAGAUUUGCCUGAUGCCAUCCUUGCUGUUGUUGGAAAGACAUUCACAUUUGGAAUUUCUGUUGAAAAAGAACAUGUUUUGUAUGGAUCUGAGAUUUACAAGGUUGGGAAAAUCUUUAAAGACAGAAUGGUUGCUUUAACCGAUUCAGUUAAACUAGAGAAUUCUCAGACUGAUUGAAUAUUGACUCUUACAAGUGGUGAAGAGGUAUGAUUGUAUGUUUUAUUUUAUCUAAGAUUCACUUCAUAUACAUGAGAACGUUGUAUUAUUAAUUACGAGUCUUACUAAAACUAUUUUGUUAUAUUUUAGAACUCUGUUAGACUCACUGAGAGUCAGGAACACACUGAUGGAAUGUUCACACCAUCCACAAAGAGAAAGGAAGCAUGGAAUGAUCCACCAGCAGAUCUAACUUCGCACACCAAGAAAUUGUGCUCAAAAGCUAUCAAGGUGGAGAAGAUGAAUGAUUUGGAGGCUGAAGCAAACAAGAAUACCUAAAUCAUGGAUUCUGAAGUUUCUAUAUUUAUUGUUUGGUUUUAUGUUUUAAUAAUUUUCUGAAGCAAUUUGGUUUUUGGUUUUUUUACUUAUUGUUAGGCUUUUUUUAAAUUUUAUGUCAUUGUUUUACGUUAAACUCUUUAUAAUAAAGUAUGCUUCAGAUAGUUUCUUAUCCUUUGUUUUCUUUUUCUUGAUUAUAGUUAUCUUGCUUUUG